AAAACCAAGCUGGUUGGAGGUUGAGUUGAGUUGCUGUUUCAUGAGCUUAAAAAACCCCCUCCAAGGUUUUCUAGCUUCGAUGACGGCGGCGAUUCCAUCUCACAUCUCGUCUCAGGCUCUAGUCGUGGCUCAACUCUGCAUCGGAUGAGCCUUAAAACCAUGUUCCGUCACCGACUCACAUCCGUGUCUGAUACUUGCACCGCCUUGCUCCAGUGUAACGAGCAGAACUCUUCUCCCAGCUGAAUUUUAUCUGCCAUCCACAGCAGCCGCCAUUCUGGGUUGUGGUGCCUCACCAUGGACGAUCCAAGCCGUCUCAAGCUACGAUCCGAACCCUACUCGUUCGCCCUCCGCGUUCGGCUGCCUCGCACGGCCAUCCCAGGCGCUGCGCGGCAAGCGGUGCGCGUGCUCUUCUACACGUGGCUCGUCACUGCGAUCGCCCUCGCGCACCUCGGCCACGCCUUCCUGCCGCGCUCCCUGGCCCGCCUCAUCCAGUUCCUCCUCACUCUCGUCACCGCCCCCUCUGCUGCUCUGGCGAUACAGCUUGGCGCCAUUCCCCACGCGUGGGCGCUGCAGCUAGUGGAGGAGCUGGAGGAGCUCUAUGGCACCCUGGGGCCCAUUCACGUGGCAGCAGUUCAGUGGGUGGCGCCGAUGCUACCCACGCCCGUGAUACAGCUGGCAGUGCGGUUCACCGAUUUUCUGGAGGAUGCUGUCUUCCCCCCGGCAUUGGACAAUGACAUCCGAAUGAUGUGAGUGCUGCCUGCAGUGCCUCCCACUACAGCUUUCACUCACAGAUACCACCUCCCCCUGGCGUUCCAGCACCAGCAGCACUUCCAGGGCCCGCUCCAGCUGCCACCUCCCCCUGGUAACAACCGCAAUGUCACCCUCACAGACGUUACUGCCCCUCUGCACUUCAACAAUGCUGGCUAUGCUGGUACUGAUGGCAUUGCUGGCAACGCUGCUGCUCGACAGAGGCAGUCUCCGCUGCUGCUGUUGCCAACCCCACCCCCUACAGAGUUGGCUGCCGGGGGGGUGCAUGGUGA